CACCCACCACGAUUCUCCUCUCUCCUCCGCCCCAUCGCCACCAGCCUCCGCCAUGGAUCUUCUUCUCCUAGAGAAGACCCUUUUAGGUCUCUUCUUUGCCAUUAUAGUUGCCACCGUUGUCUCUAAAUUCCGAGGGAAGCGCUUCAAACUCCCUCCUGGACCCAUCCCAAUCCCUGUAUUCGGAAACUGGCUCCAAGUCGGCGAUGACUUAAACCACCGAAACCUCACAGAUUUAGCGAAGAAAUUCGGAGAAAUCUUGUUACUCCGGAUGGGACAACGCAAUCUGGUGGUGGUCUCAUCUCCUGAGCUCUCCAAAGAAGUUCUUCACACGCAAGGGGUCGAGUUCGGCUCAAGAACACGAAACGUCGUGUUCGAUAUCUUCACCGGAAAAGGUCAAGACAUGGUGUUUACCGUUUACGGCGAACAUUGGAGGAAGAUGAGAAGGAUUAUGACUGUUCCAUUCUUCACCAACAAAGUGGUUCAGCAGUAUAGGCAGGGAUGGGAGGAAGAGGCGGCGCGUGUGGUUGAAGAUGUGAAGAACAACCCAGAAGCGGCGAAGAAUGGGAUUGUUUUGAGGAGGAGGUUGCAAUUGAUGAUGUAUAAUAAUAUGUAUAGGAUAAUGUUUGAUCGGAGGUUUGAGAGUGAGGACGAUCCGUUGUUUGUGAAGCUCAAGGCUUUGAAUGGAGAGAGAAGUAGGUUGGCGCAGAGCUUUGAGUACAACUAUGGUGAUUUUAUUCCCAUUUUGAGGCCUUUCUUGAGGGGUUAUUUGACGAUCUGCAAGGAAGUGAAGGAGAGAAGGUUGCAGUUGUUCAAAGACUAUUUCCUUGAUGAGAGAAAGAAGCUUGCAAGCACAAAGCCAAUGGACAACAGUGGGCUAAAAUGCGCUAUUGAUCAUAUCCUCGAAGCCGAACAGAAGGGAGAGAUCAACGAGGACAACGUCCUUUAUAUCGUUGAGAACAUUAACGUAGCGGCAAUCGAGACCACACUAUGGUCAAUCGAAUGGGGCAUUGCAGAACUUGUUAACCACCCCGAAACCCAGAAGAAACUGCGACAUGAGCUUGACACUGUGCUUGGACCCGGACACCAGAUCACCGAGCCUGACACCUACAAACUCCCAUACCUUCAGGCUGUGAUCAAAGAGACCCUUCGCCUUCGUAUGGCAAUUCCUCUUCUGGUGCCACACAUGAACCUACACGACGCAAAACUUGGGGGAUAUGACAUCCCUGCUGAGAGCAAAAUCUUGGUGAAUGCUUGGUGGCUUGCCAAUAACCCAGCACACUGGAAGAAUCCGGAGGAGUUCAGGCCUGAGAGGUUCUUGGAAGAGGAGGCGAAGGUUGAGGCGAGUGGCAAUGACUUCCGAUACCUUCCAUUUGGCGUUGGCAGAAGGAGCUGCCCUGGAAUUAUUCUUGCAUUGCCUAUUCUUGGUAUCACUUUAGGGCGUUUGGUGCAGAAUUUUGAGCUGUUGCCUCCUCCAGGACAGUCAAAGAUAGAUACUGCAGAGAAGGGUGGGCAGUUCAGUUUGCAUAUUCUGAAGCAUUCCACCAUUGUUGCAAAACCAAGAUCAUUUUGAGUUUGUUUCUAUUUUGUACUCCGAAACUUUGUGUUGAGAAGGAAAUUCUUCAUGUCAUCCUGAGUGGUCUUAAAAUCUUAUGGAUUUGUAAUGCUAAUUCAAAAUUCAAGCCAAGUACUAUAUGGGUGUGGUAUUGCGAAGCAGAUGCUUAAGCAAACAAGAUGGCACAGCUUGGACGUAAUUUAAAUUGAGAUUGUUUUUUUUUGGGUGGUAAAACUAGAUGCCUGCUUACAUUAAUGAACAACUUUAGGCUGAUGUAAAGAUAGGGUGAAAUACCCACCAUUGUAAUUUAAAUCAAUAAAUCUACCUUUUUCAAAC